GCUGCCCGCGCUCCGAGGCGCAGCCCCGCGGGAGCACCUGCCGCCCGCCCCCGUGGGGCCGCCGAGCCGCACCUGCCGGCGCUGCCGGGCCCGGCCGGGCGCCGUUCGUGGGCGGGCAGGGCGGGCAUGGCGGCGCGCUGAGAUGAAAGUGACCGUGUGCUUCGGGCGGACCGGCAUCGUGGUGCCCUGCAAGGACGGGCAGCUCCGCGUGCGGGACCUGACCCAGCAGGCGCUGCAGCGCUACCGCAAGGCCCAGGAGAAGGAUCCAGCUUCCUGGGUAAAUAUUCACCACCUGGAGUAUACAGAUGGAGGAAUCCUGGACCCAGAUGAUGUGCUGGCAGAUGUUGUGGAAGACAAAGAUAAGCUGAUUGCCAUUUAUGAUGAACAAGAAGGUCCCCGUAAGAUUGAUGGCACCAAUGGGAAUUUGACAGACAGAAACAGCCCAGACUCCUUUGAGACAGAGGUAGCAACUCAGCUGGCUGCCUUUCAGCCCAUUGGUGAGAUUGAAGUGACUCCUUCUGCCCUAAAACUGGGCACACCACUCCUGGUACGGAGGAGCAGUGAUCCAGCCUUGGGCGCACCUGACUUCCCAAGUGCUUCUCAUCCCAGUGACCACGCUCUCAAGCAUCUUGUGGCAGGUGCUUCCCAGGCAUCUUUUCAGGAUGGGGAGAUGAACCUCACGGGACCCACAGAACUGCUGUUGGCUCAGAGGGCCCGGCUCCCUAGCAGUGAAAUGACAAAAACAGUGGAGAUUUCUGGAGAAGGUGGACCCUUGGGAAUACAUGUAGUGCCCUUUUUUUCAUCCUUGAGUGGAAGGAUGCUGGGACUCUUCAUCCGUGGUAUUGAGGAAAACAGCAGAUCUAGGCGUGAUGGUCUUUUCCAUGAAAAUGAAUGCAUUGUGAAGAUAAACCAUGUGGACCUUACAGAUAAAACCUUUGCACAGGCUCAGGACAUCUUCCGUCAGGCAAUGAAAUUUCAAAGUGUCAUCUUGGAGGUCCUUCCUCCGUAUAACCGAGAGCAGUAUGAAAAGUCUGCUAUUGCUCCUCUUUGUAUUCUGAAUAACGAAGAAGGAGUUACAAAAACAAAAAUUCCACCCCCUCUUCAUCCAAAACCUGCUGUGAAAACUAUUAAUAUUUCUGGAGCAAUCUUGGAGUCAGGUGUACAGGGAGCACUGCAACAAGCUAAGAGUCCCAACCUCCCACGUCUGGGUAGAAAGCCUUCUUCUCCGUCACUCUCUCCACUUAUGGGAUUUGGCAAUAAGAGAAAUGCAAAGAAAAUAAAGAUAGACCUGAAAAAAGGUCCAGAAGGACUUGGUUUCACAGUGGUUACCAGAGACUCUUCAGUACAUGGUCCUGGUCCAAUCUUUGUGAAGAAUAUUUUACCAAAAGGUGCAGCAGUGAAAGAUGGUCGUUUGCAGUCAGGAGACAGAAUCCUGGAGGUGAAUGGACGGGACAUCACUGGCAGGACCCAGGAAGAGCUUGUAGCUAUGCUGAGAAGCACAAAGCAAGGCGAGACUGUCUGUCUGAUUGUGGCUCGUCAGGAGGAGGCCUUUCUACCUCGAGAGCUGAAAGGAGAGCCAAACUGCAGUAUUUUUUCUCCAGAAACCACAGAACAGCUGACCUUUGAGAUUCCUCUGAAUGAUUCUGGCUCUGCUGGACUUGGUGUGAGCUUGAAAGGCAACAAGUCUCGGGAGACAGGAGCUGAUCUUGGGAUUUUCAUCAAAUCUGUUAUUCACGGAGGUGCUGCUUUUAAGGACGGUCGUUUGCGAGUGAAUGAUCAGCUGGUUGCUGUCAACGGGGAGUCGCUCCUGGGCAAGUCCAACCACGAGGCCAUGGAAACGCUCAGGCGCUCCAUGUCCAUGGAGGGCAACAUUCGGGGCAGGAUCCAGCUGGUCGUGCUCCGCAGGCUGGAGGUGCACACAGAGGAACGGUCAGACCAGGGAGUCUUUCAAAAAUCAGCCUUUGAUGGGAGUCAUAACUUCGCAGCUGCUUCGCGACGCAAUGAUACCAUUCUCCAGCAAUUUGUAACAUGCGGUCUGCAGGAAGGAAUAAAAGAGUUUCCAGUUUCUGAUCAUGGCAAUGGUGAAAAUGAAACACCUCCACCUCUCCCACCACAUCCUAGUGAGGAUCUGCUGAAUGAGGAUUAUAAUCACAGCCCUAUCAUAAAUUCAGCAGUGCAUUUAACAGAUCAGCACAUCAACUUCAGAUCUUUGACACCAGCCAAGCAGUCUGAAUCAAUUAAUCUGAAAGCCUCAAAAAGCAUGGAUCUGGAACUGCAUCCGGUCUUCAAAGUGGCAGAUGAAAGCAAAGUUGGUUUGUUGGCCGGACACAAAUCGGACUCCUCUGGCAAAGAUUUUGGUCCUACUCUGGGGUUAAAGAAAUCCAGUUCUCUUGAGAGUCUUCAGACUGCUGUGGCUGAAGUAAGGAAGAAUGAGCUCCCUUUUCACAGACCCAGGCCUCAUGUGGUGCGGGGCCGGGGAUGCAAUGAGAGCUUCCGAGCUGCCAUUGACAAGUCUUACGAUGGACCUGAGGAUGAAGAGGAUGGUGGCUCUGAUAAGAGCUCUCACUGUGGUCAAGAAGCUCAAAAUGUGGAAUCUGCCCCUCCAGGGAACCCUGAAAUAGAAGAUGCAGAAAUCAAAGCAAAAAAGGACAAAAAAAGUAGGGAGAAAGAGAAGAAAAAGGGCAAGUCUAAAAUCAAAGAGAAGAAAAAGAAGGAAGAAAAUGAAGAUCCAGAAAAGAAAAAGAAGAAAGGCUUUGGUGUCAUGUUGAGAUUUGGAAAGAAGAAAGAAGAUAAAAGUGGCAAAGCAGAUCAGAAGGGGACUCCAAAGCAAGGCAUGCUUAAAGAGGAGGAGCUGGAAAAAAUGAAAGAUGAGCGUGAAAGGAUUGGUGCAAAGCAUCAGGAGUUAAGGCAAAAGCAACUGAGGGGCCUGAGUGAUUUUUCUGCUGGUCCUGGAGGACCUGACAUUGAUGAUGAUGAGGUGGAUCCAAACUAUGCCAGAGUGAACCACUUCCGAGAGGCUUAUCCCCCAGGAGGCAUCUACAGACCCUCAUCACCAGCCGUAGGAGAAACCUUUGUUUAUCUGCGGGAUUCUUCCUCAGCACCAAUGGAGAGGGAGCACUUGGAAGGACUGUAUGCAAAAAUAAACAAGCAGCACUACCCACAGACUUCUGGUGACAGCAGCUGCACAGGUGGCGGGAACGCUGAUCGGAUCCAGAGGCUGCGGAAGGAGUACCAGCAGGCCCGGCGGGAAGGCUUGCCCUUCUACGAGGACGACGAGGGAAGGACACCCCUGCCAGACUAUGACCAGCGCUGGGUGCCUGGAAAAGGUCCAGAUGGGAGCUCCUACAAUCUUCACUUCGAGGGGGUGGAAAGGCAGUAUGCAUCCUUACCCAGGCGUGGACCUGCAGAGCCACUAGAAUAUUUAACAGGGCCACGAGUAACGUACAAAGAGAGAGAUCUUCCCUACUACCACGGAGGACAGCCUGUUAUCCACCCAUCCAAGGGGAACUACAUCCGUGUGCCGGACACAAGAAUGGCAGAACUGAGGUACCCUCAGUAUUACCCAGGCCAGCCCGUGGCAAACCAGCAUAAAGGACCCCUCCGGCAGGACGUGCCACCCUCCCCUCCGCAGUCCCACCGAGCACCAGCUUACAGUGAAAUGGUCCGACACCGUGGGACCAGUCCAGACCAGUACCAGUACAGGCAACAGGAUCCCAGGCACAAGAACCCCAUGACUGCAGCUGUAUAGCCCUGCACUGGACUUGGGCUCAUCAUCCUUGUAGAGUUGUUCCUAAGCGUAGCUGCCUGUAAGAAUGGCACACGAGACCUGGAGUCGUUCUUACUGAGCUGGGCUCAGCCUAGGUGCUUUCUAACAGGCGAACUAAAGCCACGUGAGGUACGAUGUGUUUUGAGUAUGUGAGGUACCAGACAGUUGAGUGUUUUUUAAUUCCUUUUAAAAAUAGAAAGUGGCUGCUGGGAAUGAAACACAACACUUAAUACACCUCAGGGCUAUUUACUGAAUCCAGUUACACCUUUACAGUACAUAGCUGUCUGUGUAAGGGCAGUGGAGUCACCAGAGUUUACUUCAGAGUGCUGUUGUAGAGCCUUUUAAGUGAGAACACAGCAUGCAGUAUGGACUUCUUGCAGAGCUGGGCAUCUUGUGUAUCUAGUGUGUGAUCAUGACAAGGGACUGCCACAGAGAUGGUGGCCACAUUCCAGGCACGUCCUGACCAACAGCUCUGCUUUAAGGAUGCUGCAGUUCCAGAUUUGUGAUCUGGCCUCUGUCUUCCUCUGUCUUUUUGGUGGUGGCAGCAUUUAUCUUGUAGCCUUCAUUUUUUGCAGUCUGUGUAUCAAGUCUUCUCUUACUGCACCUGCUGCAGUUGGAGUAGGGUAAAAAGCCUUAUUCCCUAUGCUUGGGCAGGCUGUCAGAGGACAGGCAUCCACCUGAGAACUGUGUCUGUAGAGGGGGGAGUGCGUGCUUGUGAGUGUUGGUUAGUUAUACAGUGUGCUAUACAGUCUUUAAAUGUAAACCCUGGAGACCAGAUCCUCAGCUGCUGUCAGGAAAUGUCACUUGAGGGGUUUCAGUGGAGCUGGCCUACAGGGAAGUGACCAGGGGGGUGACUAUGGGCACGGACUCCAUAAUUCAUAUUACGUUACUGUGUCAGGUGCUGCCUUGGCUCCAUCAAGGCAGCCCAUUCCUGGCCCACUCCAAGCGGUGUUGGAGCCAAGUGCCUGCCAGCAGCAUGUCUGUCCCAGCCAGCCCAGUGCCACCACAAGGCACCUGUUCCUGGGGGCUGCCUUCCAUGCAUGGGGGAAGCUCAGCCUUGGGCAGCACCGGGCCCCACCGUGCCAAGUGCCAAACUACUCGAGUUCCUGCAACCAGAGACCAUGAGGUCUGUGAGGAAAGGUGCUUUUCACAGCAAGGGGUGAGGGAAAAGACAAGGAAAGUAACAGGAAGGGCUUCAAGACCCUGGGGCCUAGGAGGAAGAUGUGAGAAGAGCUGUUUGUAGCAAGUUAUUUGCAGCUGUGCAUAGGAAGAGAGAAGGUGUGGGUGGGGAGGGGGUGUCAGCAGCACAGUAGAGCCAUGGUGGGGGGACAGGGUGGUGGGGUACAUGCUCAGUCAUUUGCCCCAAACAGCCUGGGUUUGUUCUGCAGCCAGAAAUGUGUGUCCCCAGCCACAGGGACCUGUGCGACCUGACCCAGGAGGGCUCUGAGCAUUUAGAGAUCUGUCUCAAGGAUUUUGUCAGGAGGAAACCAUGCAGUAUUGUGACCUAGAAAUAUGUUAUUUCCAAGUGUCCUUAAUUCCUCGACUUCUGCCUUUUGGAAGUGUCACUAAACCACUAGGCCUCCUUUCCUCGUCAGGACCCGGCCAAGGAUUAAGCAUAAGGAUUUCUUUGAUGUCAUUUUGACACAUUUGGUAUGCAACAUAUCAAAUCACAUAGAUCACUUCCCAGGUGUUAAAUACCAUCAGGAGGGUUUCUGCUAGGAGUAUGUCCUGCUAGCAGGUAAUGGCCCUGAUGAGAAGCAGCAUUUAAUCCCAGCCUACUUUCUUCUCUGCUGAUGGUGCUGGUUAGAGCCUGGUGUAACCCUCAGGCACAAGGAGCGCUUGCAGCUGCCUGAGUGGCUGGCAGGCUCUAGUGCUUGCAUUCCCAUCAGCCUCCACCCACCACAGGCUGGGAAGCAGGAGAGAGGAGACAGCUUUCCAUGGCAGAGGAGCACCUCCAUGAUUCACAUAGAGGGCUGGACUCCCUGGGGCAGGGGCAGGCACAGCUCUAAAUCCAGUCAGGAGGAAGCAUUGGUGGGAGGGAGAGAGAAAGAGGAAUGCAACUGAUUAUGAAGCAAGAGUCUUUGCUUCUUAUUCCAUUUCUUUCUGCUCUCUUCCCUAGUAAUGUAGGAGGGAAAAACCUCUGGAGGGAGUGUUGGGUGUAAAGCUGGAUGUCUCUCAGUACCUUCCAUAAAUAAGGCACAUUCCCCAAGGAAACUGUGCCUGUCAUGUACGUGCUCUGCACAGCCCUUUACUUGUCUCAGAAAGCUUUAGAUGCUGUAGGAUACUCAGCCAGGACUUGGCAGCCACAGGAUAGCCGCUGGUGUUAUAAAGGCCUGUUGAAAUUGAAGCAAAAACAAAUUAAAAUACUUUCCUUUCUCUCCUUGAAAUAUAACCCCUGAUACAUUUGAUCCAGCUGCAAAGAAACUAAUGUUUGCGACAGUGGCUUUAUCAAGCCAGGCCACAAUUAAGAACAGCUCUGAAUAUAAGCUACUGCCUUUGUAAAUCACUCUCAACUAACCCUUCAAAUGGCAUCACAGCACCGUGAACAGAACUUACUUACAGUAUUUCAUGAGUCAGGGCCAAAUAAAAUCUGGAUGGAAACAGCUCCUAGAUUAUUUAUAGCCUUUGAGGGACCUGCCCAAUGUCUCCUCGUAACCUGAAUCUUUCCUUAAGAGCUCCCCUUGAUGGUAUUGGCUCCACUCAGUUGAGGCAGACAAAUCAAACAAACACCUUCUGAGCUGUUAAUCUUACCUUACCCAACAGGUUAUUAAAUGAUGCUUCUGCUCAGUAAGCAGAAAUCAGUAGAGAGCUUCUUCCAAUCAAAAAAAAAAAAAAAAAAAGUAAGUAUAAUAUAUGGAUGCAUCCUACAGGUAAGGAGCUAAGGAGGAAAAACAGUGUGACCUAACUGGGAGAGCAAGACCAAAAAGUAUUACAGAGCAUCUCAUCAAUCUCUGGUGCCAUUGUUCUGGGAGAAAAUUGCCAUUUCCUGAUUUAAUAUCUGGUAGAGGUACAGUAUUUUCAAAAGUAUAAUGUGUAACUACAGUAUAUAUAGUCAGCUUUUCUGCAGUAUAAAAUGUAUGAUUUUAGCACCAUAUUGUGGAAAAAUAUGUACCGUGCAGAAUUCACGAGGUGCUACAACUGACGGUUGAAAAUACACACUUGCAAAAUCCAAAAGAGCCGUUAAGUAACAAGUUGUUCUUUUCCCAUAUGUCCGUAUGUUUGGGAAAAUUAUGAGUCUGAAAUGCUCUUGACACGUAAUUGCCUCACACUCCCUCAUCCAAAAUGUGCCAGUCCAGCAGCAGAGUCCCUGACGUAGCGGGUGUGAAGGGAGAGUUGGGUUUGCCACGGGAGCAGCCCUAAGUGUGUGUGUGAGCAGGCAUCGAGACCGAGGGAGAGAGGCCCGCACUCACGUGAACCUGAAGCUUUGAUUUCCUGAGCUGGUGGCGUGCAGCCUGCAUUUCUGGCUCUGGCACAGGGCCAGCAAGGCCCAGCAGUUGAAAGAUUAAGAGAUAGAAAAAAGAGCCUGUGGAUUUUCUGAGUGACCACCCACUAGUGAGCCAUGAUCUUGGCCUGUGAGCCGACUUUACCACUGUGAUAUAUUAUGAUGCAGAAGUCUCUAGGCACCCCUCAAAUGCGUAAAGAAACAUCAGCUGCCCUUUGUGGGGGAAGCUAAGCAUAGAGAAGAAAAAAAAAAGGCUCUUGCCUUGAAAAAGUGCAUACAGUCCUGAAUUCCAAUUCACUCCAGCUUCCUGAUCUAGAAAUAGCUUCACAUGCUGCCUAAUUUUUUUACAGAUGAAUUGUGCUACCUCUUCCUCCCAGCCAUCACAGAUUUGUUCAUCAGAGUCAGUGCUGUGAGUGAAUCCUAGCGACUGCUCUGCCAGGGCCACAUCCUGACACUGCUCUGAGCAGGGGCUGCUUUGCACUUUCAAAAGGCCCCACACCUGUGCUCCCCAUCACAGUUGUCCUGCAGGGUCCUUAAGCCUUACAUGCAAAAUCAGAAGUGCUAUUCACUAUCUCUGCAUAGGAAAGGAGGCUUUGGAAGACACUAUUGUGUUACUGUGAGGGAGAGAGAGGUACUUGUGAUCCUGACAAUAUCUGUGUGUUUAAGUAAAACUGAUUUAAAAAUCAUGUGUGAUUGUUUUGGGGGAGAAAUUCAACACAUAAUUUGACAGGUUUUUUCUAGUACCACAUCAAAGAUUUUGAUCUUUUGUUACAUAUGGCUAUAUAAAUUUUACCUGGUUUAUUUUGCAUUAAAAUAAAGGCUUUAAGACUAUA